GACUGACUGCGGCCAGCGGCAGCCCUGCUCCCCCUCCCCACCCACCCAUCCCCCUUUUCUUUUUUAAGCUAGCUCGGAGGGCAACCCAGAAAAGACGAAGAGCCGCAUCCAUGCAAUAACUCACUUUUGUUUUUUGUAAAAUGAUCAUCUGUCGGAGUAAAAUGGAGUACCCCCUGAGAAGCCAGCGCCAGCGAGCCCACAAACAGGAUAACCUGCACGUUCCCGGACUGGUCCGGGAAUGAGACUGGUAAUAAAUGUCCUGCUUAUCGGUGGAGGUCCCUUUGGGUCACCGCCCACCCCAGGUGAUGGUGAACGGCGAGAACGAGCGAGUGUCGCUGCUGUUCAUGAAGGCGGUGGUCAGCAGGGGGAGCGUGGACGCCGUGUCCCAGCAGAUGGCCUCUCACCCUCAAUACUUGGAGAGCUUCCUGCGCACACAGCACUACAUCCUGCACAUGGACGGCCCCCUGCCGCUGCCGUACCGCCAUUACAUCGCCAUCAUGGCUGCGGCACGACAUCACUGCAACUACUUGGUGUACCUGCACUCGGCCCAGUUCCUGCGGGUGGGCGGGGACCCCCAGUGGCUGCAGGGUUUGGAGGCGGCGCCGCCUCGUCUUCGUCUCCUCGAUCACAUCAACAAGGUGCUGGCCCACCAACCCUGGCUCACGGCCUGCUCACACUUCCAGGCGCUGCUGAAGUCGGGCGAGCAGUGCUGGUCUCUGGCGGAGCUGGUGCAGGCCGUGGUGAUCCUGGCCCACUGCCACUCCCUCUGCAGCUUUGUGUUUGGAUGUGACACGGACACAGACGCAGACUUUGUCCCGUCGUCCAAAUCUCCCAACGGUGUCCCGCCGACCUUCUGCCCCUUCGAUGCUGCCAACGGCAACGCCAACGUGCCUCAGUCGCUCGCCACUCCCUCCGAACACAGAACUCGAAGAAGGUCUCUGGACUCCAGUUGUGACAUGGUGUGUCUCAAGGAGAGGAUCCAGAAGUCCCAGGAGGAGCGCGAGAAGCGAGAAGAACGCCUGCUACAGACACACACACUCCAGCAAACGGAUGCGGAGGAAGAAGACGAGACGAUGUGCUUCACGGACCCGACGCGAUUUAUCACAGACCCUGACUUGUGCUACCAGGAGUUUGCCCGCAGAGAGGAGGACCACUUUCAAGUAUUUAGAGUUCAGGACUAUUCGUGGGAGGACCACGGCUUCUCAUUGGUCAAUAGGUUGUAUUCGGACAUCGGGCACCUCUUGGACGACCGGUUUAGGAGCGUGACCACCCUGCCCACGAUGCACAGCCCCGACUUGAAGAGGGCCAUCUGGAACUACAUCCAUUGUGUGUUAGGAAUACGGUACGAUGAUUACGAUUACGGAGAAGUGAACCAGUUGCUGGAGCGAGAUUUCAAGCUGUACAUCAAGGCCGUCGCUUGUUUCCCCGAUGCCACCAAAACUCUGGUGUGUCCGCUGAGUCUGGCUCCACUUAAGACCUCAGAGCGGAUACACGUUAAUUUACUAAUCAUGGAGGCCCGUCUGCAGGCUGAGCUGCUAUACGCUCUGAGAGCCAUCACCCAGUACAUGAUUGCCUAAGUGCUCGGAGAGGCCCAAAGUUCAAACUCUCCGCCGGUACAGAGAGACCCAGAGACGCGAGGGAAAUCCGAAGUGCGACAAGAGCGGCGCAUUCGAAGACACGGAGCUCAGUAGUUUUAGGAGCUUGUGGAGGCGCGUGUCUUUUUCUCACAUUCAAUGUAUUUAUACCAUAGUGUGCCAUGCCCCCCUCCCCCCUCCCCCCCCACCCUCCUCCUCUUGCAGACUAUUCUCGUAUCAAACAUCUCGGCUCUUAUAUGUUAUGUGCAAUUAUUAGAGUUGUUUUAAUUUUUUACAUGUUUCGUGUUUUCAACUCGCUCUGUGAGAAGCAGCGUGGUUGUAGCAGCGUGUUAAGGUGGCCAAUACUCUUAGUGUCAUCGUCACCUUAGUAUUAACUAUGCUUUCCCUCCCCAAAGAAUAUCUUUCAGUACAAGGCGAAUGGGGGGACCAGGCCCCCGGUUAUAUUUGGGACAAUCCUUGUCAGUGUUGGAGGAGGACACAAAGUGGACCGUGAGGGACGACAGUUUCUCUCUAAUAUUUGGUAUUAAAGCUGGUCAAGAACAAACACGUCAGUUACACUGCUGGAAGUUAUCACUAUAGUUUCUUUUAAUAAGCACUUUUUUCAACUUUAUAUAUUUAUAAUGCAAGGUAGCUCAUUGGUAGACAUUGUGCGUGUGUGUGUGUGUUUGUGUGUCUGAGUCUGAAGCCUUUCUCCGAUGUAUGACUAAAAUAUUUAGACCGUGUCCUCAAACUUUCAGACUCUACUUUUGGUUUCAACCCCAAAUUCCUAAAGUGAAGUACUUUGAUCGGGCAUAUUCCAGUGAAUUAUUUCUCCAAUUGAAGACGCACGCAAGGCUUUUCAAGGCGAUGUCGUCCAAACACACGACUUCCAUCCAAUGAGCGCAUUUGUAACCACACUUAAGAGGUCGUUUCCCUACAGUGAAGAGUAAGCUGAGCCAUUUGCGUAAAGGUUUGUGUGCUUUUUGUAUGGAUGUGCUUUUUAAAGAGAUCAAACCAGAGACUGAUUCUCAGUCUGAAGUUCAUUAAAGAAACGCUACAGCAAAGAAUUGGAUCGACGAGAAGUGUUGAUCUUCUUCACUGCUCGGGAGAAGGUUGAGUUCAGAUUUUUGCUCCAAGCUGAUUAUCAAGUCAAAGUUCACGGUACUUUUAGCAAAGCAGAACAAUGCGCAAACUAGUUGUUAAAACACUUGUAUCUUUUAAAAAAUGUUUUUAUAGUUAUUGUCAACUAUAGAGUACUUCUUUUGUUUUGCUUCUGGGUGUAUCGGUAGGACCUGCUUGUUGUGCUGCAUUCUGGGUAGACGUAGCGGUGUGACAGGCUGGUUAGUUAGUAACUGCAGGACGUAGAAAAGAAACCAGUGCAUAUCGAGCAUAUAAAGCAAAAGCGCUGUUAACACAGGUGCCUUCAGUGCUGCUGAAGUGGAGGGAUGUGAUCACUGGAGGCUGAAUGCGGGGUUUUGGUGGUUGCUGGGAAACACCCCGAACAACAAGUUUAAAACUUGUGGCUUUUCCUGCAUGAACGGGAGCGUUUUUUUCUUGGUUUUGGUCAGUUAUGUUUGAUAAAUAUCACGGCUGUGAACACCUACAAUCCCCGGCGAGCCAGCUAAGAGCCUUUUGACGCAGAUGGAUGUUAAAAAUGUUCAACUUGAGCAGUUUUUAUAGAAAUGAUCUAUUAAAAAAAAAAAAAAAAAAAAGUGAAAAAGCCAAAAAAAUGUUUUUGGGAAAAUGUGAAGAAUUGUUUUCUAUAAAGAUGCUCUAUGAAAAUAACUGCUGUGUUUGGUUUUAAUUUCUUCGACAUGAUACGUCAAUAAACAUACCAGUGCAUCAUGUG